CGGCUGCGCCCGGCCCGGGUCACGUGAGCAAGACGCGCCCCGGGCCUGGGGCGGAGCAGGAGGUGUUGAGUUGCGGGAUCCCGGGCCGGGCUGGCGGCAUGGAGGCCACCUUGGAGCAGCACUUGGAGGAUACAAUGAAGAAUCCAUCCAUUGUUGGAGUCCUGUGCACAGAUUCACAAGGACUUAAUCUGGGCUGCCGUGGGACCCUGUCAGAUGAGCAUGCCGGGGUGAUAUCUGUUCUAGCCCAGCAAGCAGCUAAGCUGACCUCAGACCCCACUGAUAUCCCUGUGGUAUGUCUAGAAUCAGAUAAUGGGAACAUUAUGAUCCAGAAACACGACGGCAUCACGGUGGCAGUGCACAAGAUGGCCUCCUGAUGGCUCAUGGCGGUUCUCCAGCAGCCUGUCGUCGCGGCUCGAUCCCGCCUGUGUAAAUUAUCUUAGACAACUACACCAGUCCCAAUAGUCAGGCCAUUUAUUUCGUGUGCAUUGGGCACUUUUCUCUUAAUUUUAGAGUAAGCUUCUUUUGGACACUCAAUGGACUGACUUAUCCAAAUAUUAGUAAGAAAGGAUCAUGUUUUGAAGCAGCAGGUCCCAGUCACUUUGUACAUAGAAUUUUCUUACAUUCAAUAAAUCUGGUCAGAGGAAAGCUUG